AUGUCUUUGAAGCCUUGUGGAACUCAGCAUAAUAGCCAUGGUCACUCUCCCCAGGAAGCCAUGGCAACGGCAUAUGAGUUCCCACCAUGUGCCAGGCGCUGUUGGGAAAUAUCCGUGCAUAAAGUUGUUGCCAUCUGGGAGCUUGCUCCUAAUUGGGAGGAGGAAGAACAGAUACAGUGUGGGGAGAGGGGAAUCCAGAGCACUUUUGAACCUGAAAUACGCCAUACAGCUUCACGACUCCAUGCCCCUGGACAUGUUGUUCCUUUUGACUGGGAUUAUCGCCUGCCUUGUCCACCAGUCUGUGUUGUCUUCCAAGACAGAGCCAGAAGGAGAUUGACGUCCUCCAAUAAUAGACCGCGAGAAGACAGCUGGUUAAAAUCCUUAUUUGUCCGGAAAGUUGAUCCAAGAAAAGAUGCUCACUCUAAUCUCCUAGCCAAAAAGGAAACAAGCAGUCUAUACAAAUUGCAGUUUCACAAUGUUAAACCGGAAUGCCUAGAAGCAUACAACAAAAUUUGUCAAGAGGUGUUGCCAAAGAUUCAUGAAGAUAAGCAUUACCCCUGUACUUUGGUGGGGACUUGGAACACGUGGUAUGGCGAGCAGGAUCAAGCUGUCCACCUCUGGAGGUAUGAAGGAGGCUAUCCAGCCCUCACAGAGGUCAUGAGUAAACUCAGAGAAAAUCAGGAAUUUGUGGAAUUCCGCAAGGCAAGAAGCAACAUGCUUCUCUCUAGGAGGAAUCAGCUGCUGUUGGAGUUCAGUUUCUGGAAUGAGCCUGUCCCACGGUCAGGACCUAAUAUAUAUGAACUCAGAUCUUACCAGCUCCGACCAGGAACUAUGAUUGAAUGGGGCAAUUACUGGGCUCGUGCGAUUCGCUUCAGACAGGAUGGUAAUGAAGCAGUGGGAGGAUUCUUCUCUCAGAUUGGGCAGCUGUAUAUGGUACAUCAUCUUUGGGCUUACAAGGAUCUUCAAACCAGGGAAGAUAUACGGAAUGCAGCAUGGCAUAAACAUGGCUGGGAAGAAUUGGUAUAUUAUACAGUCCCACUUAUUCAGGAAAUGGAAUCCAGAAUCAUGAUCCCACUGAAGACCUCACCCCUCCAGUAAACAGAUUUUAGAUGUGCCUACAUAAAUUUAUGUGACAAGUAUUUGUCAUAAAUUAAUUUUAAUUGUAUAUCAAGUGAAAAAGAAACACUGAAGUGUAAACUGCUGUAUAUAGCUUACGAGAGACCUCUUUUCUUUAAAAUUUACAUAAUCACAAGAAGGAAACUUAGAGUUGGAUUGUAACAGUGCUCUGUAGUCCUCUUUGAAACAUCCCUAUGUUAGUUGCAUACACCUUAUACUACCAGGCACCCUUCUCCACCCUCUGGGAAAAGAGGGCCCAAAUUAAAAUUUGAAUCCUCUCCAAAUAGGAACCUAACCAUGAAAAAAAAGUUAGCAAUUUCUUUAUAAAAAGCAAAUCUGUUUUAUAGUUACAGAUUUUUAGACAAAUUUCUUGUAUCAGGAAGAAAUAUAAAUUUUGUCAUGUUACUCUAGCAAUUUUUCUGAGCCUCAGACUCGGAACAAAUUAAGAGCUUACCCAAUACCUGAAAUGUUUUAAUUCACUCUCAUUUUUAAUCAGUUGGCAUAGUAAACGACAUGUCAUUACUAAGCUGGUGGUGGUUGCUAAGGUACACUUAUUCAGUAAUUCAGUCUUUACAUAGUGUAUUGUGAUAGCUCGAUAUGAGGGGAAAUAAUGGCUUGAACCGUGUAUCAUAUGUGAUUUUGAAAUGAACACCUUGAAUAGCACUAAUUUUUAUUUGUAAUAUUUUUCUAUAAUAAAAUGAGUAGCAUUAGGAAAAGAGGUUUUAUUUUGUAAACAAUCAUUUGUGACCUCAGACAUUCUGUAGUUAAUGUUUUAGUAAGCUCAUAGCAGAUACUUCCAAGAUCAUGUAUGAGGGGUGGUGCAUGUUGAGAUUUAAGUUGGAAUAAAUUGCAUACUUUGUCUAGCUCUGUUUGAUUUAGUUUUUUUAACACAGUGUGCCUAUUUUGUGACUGUCAUCAUGUGAAAGUCCCGUUGAAGUGAAAACUUAUGUCUGACCCCCAAAUUAAAGGAUUUAUGUGUAAAAUAAAGUGUGAAUAAAUCUCAUAGCAAAUGUCAAACUUUUACAUGUGAAUGGUUUUCUCCAAGAACCUAUAAAAAUCAAUAAAAUCCUCUUGAUUUUCACAUAUUA